AUGAUUGUUGUGCAGCAUGAAAAAGUAUCCAGCCUUCUUGCCAAGUAUAUAGGAAAACCGAUUUCGCAGAUCGAUUCAUUGAUAUCUGGCGCCGGACCUUCACAAGGCAUAUUGCCGGCAGGUGUCCCAAAUCAAGGAAUGGGAAACCCUGGCAUUGAACUGGAACGGAAUCGAGGAUCAGGCAAUGCCCAAUUGGUCUAUAGACGUAGAGGAAUUCCAGACAUGGAAAAGGCACUCAUGGUUGAGACUGCUUCAAGUGCAGCAGAUGAGUUGGUGAGGCUUUUGCGAGGAGAUGAACCUCUGUGGAUCAAGUCCCCAUCUUAUGGAACAUACAUCCUUGAUCGCAUCGGCUAUGAGAAACUAUACCCUAGGACCAGUCACUUCAAAAGCUCUCAUGCUCGUGUCGAAUCGUCCAAGUUUUCAGCAAUGGUGACCAUGCCAGGAAUUGACUUGGUUGACAUGUUUUUGGAUCCGAAGAAACGGAUGGAUCUUUUUCCGACAAUUGUUACCAAAGCAAAGACAAUUCAAGUACUUGAAGCUGGAACUGCAGGAAACCGAAAUGGUUCCUUGCAGAUGAUGUAUGAACAGAUGCACAUACUAUCGCCCUUGGUUCCACCUAGGGAAUUUUACUUCCUUCGCCUUUGUCAGCAACUUGAGCCUGGGCAGUGGGUGAUAGCAGAUGUAUCAUACGACUUCUUGAAAGAUGGCUCCCGUUUGCGAGCUUGGCGGCUUCCUUCUGGAUGCAUGAUCCAAGACAAGCCUAAUGGAUUUUCCAACGUAACUUGGGUAGAACAUGUGGAGGUGGAUGAUAGAACUCAAACGCACCGCCUUUACCGAGAUAUCGUAUGCAGUGGUUCUGCUUAUGGAGCAGAACGAUGGAUUGCUAAUCUCCAGAGGAUUUGUGAGAGGAUAGCUUUCUCCAAGGAGAAAACAGUACCUGCUCGAGAAUUUAGUGGAGUGGUCACUUCACCUGAGGGUAGAAGGAGCAUAGUAAACCUUGCCCAAAGGAUGGUGAAGAUCUUUUGUGCAAGUUUGUGUACGUCAGGAAAACUGGAUUUCCCUCAAUUGUCUGAAGUGAACUAUAGUGGGGUUCGCGUGGCUAUUCGUAAGAACGCAGAACAAGGCCAGCCGAUUGGCAUGGUUGUUAGUGCUGCUACUUCUCUUUGGCUUCCACUCUCCCCUCAGAAUGUGUUUAGCUUCUUCAGAGCUGAGAAAUCGAGGCUUCAGUGGGAUAUUCUUUCCAAUGGCAAUCCUGUGCAUGAGAUUUCUCGCAUUUCCAAUGGGGCUAAUCCAGGGAACUGCAUAUCCAUUAUUCGCCCUUUCAUUCCUAGUGAGAACAACAUGCUGAUACUUCAAGAGAGCUGCACAGACUCUUCAGGAUCAAUGGUGGUAUAUGCUCCAGUUGACAUUCCAGCCAUGAACAUGGCAAUAAGCGGCGAAGACUCAUCCAUUAUUCCCAUACUUCCAUCAGGCUUUGUAAUAUCUGACGACGGCCGUCCAGAUACCGGAGGGAACAGUUCUACUUCCACCAGUUCUACUGGGGCAGACUCAGGAGGUUCACUUCUUACAGUAGCCUUCCAAAUUCUUGUCGCUGGCCCUAACUCCUCAUCCUCCACAGAACUCAACAUGGAAUCUGUGGCAACAGUCAAUUCCCUCAUCAGCUCCACUGUCCUCAAAAUUAAGGCUGCUCUGAAUUGCUCUAGUUUGGAUUGA